AUGGUUUCCAUUCAAAAACUUCUCUUGAUUCUCACAUUCUUCACAUCCUUCAUUAACCCUACAACCUCCCAACCAUGCAACUCAUACACAUUUCCACACAACCUUAACUACAAAUCAUGCAAAAAUUUACCCGUAUUGGAAUCCUCUUUACAUUGGAACUACAAUCCAACAACUAGUAUAGUUGAUAUUGCUUUCAAGAAAAAUAAUGCAAGAGAUUCAAGUUGGAUUGCAUGGGCCAUAAACCCUAAUUCAAAGGGCAUGUUAGGAUCACAAGCCUUAAUUGGCUAUCGAAAAUCUGAUGGAAAUUUCAAAGCUUAUACAUCAUCGAUAACAAGUUAUGCCACUAUGUUACAAGAAGGUAAUAUUAGUUUCCCCGUUUAUGAUAUUUCGGGAAUCUAUGUAAACAAUAGCAUGAUGAUCUUUGCAAGCAUGCAACUUCCUCAAAACAUGACUUUGGUUAAUCAUGUUUGGCAAGAAGGAAUUGUUUCUAGCGAUGGAAAUUUGAAAUCACAUGCACUUACUGGAUCUAACCUUCAAAGUUUUGGAACUUUAGAUUUUAAUUCAGGAAUUAUUUCUCCCAAGACCGGUGAGAAAAAGAUGUCAAGAACCAUAAUAAGAAAUGUGCAUGCAAUUUUGAAUACAAUAAGUUGGGGAACAUUGAUGCCAAUUGGAGUAAUAUUAGCUCGUCAUUUGAAAUCAUUUGAAGGAUCAAAAGGAUCAAUAUGGUUUCAUUUACAUAGAGCUUGUCAAACUAUAGCACUAUUAAUUGGGACUAUUGGUUUUGGCACUGGUUUAUACAUGGGAAAUCAUCAAGGACUACACAACACUCCACAUAGAUGUGUUGGAAUUACUAUAUUCACAUUAGCGGUUGUUCAAGUUUGUGUUGCAUUUUGUCUCCGACCAAAGAAAGAUCACAAGUAUAGAAUAUUGUGGAACGUUUUUCAUUUAAUAGUUGGUUACACAACUGUUGUUUUAGCUAUAUGGAAUGUGUUCAAAGGGUUUGAUAUUUUUGGAGGUGAUUUCAUAUGGAGAAAUAUUUAUGGUGCUGUAAUUGGAUCUUUGGUUUUAGUUGGGUUAAUAUUAGAGGUUGUAACAUGGAUCCGAUUAUGGAAGAAGAACAACAAGAGAACAACUCAAGAACUUGGUGCAUAG